AUGGUAAAGAAGGCGGGGACGAGGAGAAAAUCGACCGACGACAUCUCCGGUGACGCCACCAAACUUCCCGUGAGGGCCAAGAGCAACGAGCCCUCGACAGCAGAGUCUCCGGCAGCAACCCCCAAAGCGUCACCGGCUCAGGGCACGCUCAAGGUGUUUGGUGACGACGACGACGACGACGAUGUGAUCCCGGUGGUCGCCCCCAAGCCCAGGCAGGCAGUCCAAGAGGUGGAGGUCGACGAGGAUGAAGAUUCAGAUGACGAUGCCGCACCAGAGGCCGUCUCGACUACAAAGGCAGCUUCCAGCGUCAAGCAGUCUACGGCGGCAGCACAAAAAGCGGCUCAAGAACAAGCCGCAGCGCAGAAGCGCAAGAGGCAGCAGCGCGAUGCGCUCUUCAAACAGCAGGCCGAGGAGCGCAAGGCAGCAGAGGAGGCCGUCAAGGCAAAGCUGGCAGAGGCCGUAGCCGCAGCCGCAGCCGACGAGGACGACCGGGAGUCUUCCGAAAGUGAUGCUCAUGAGAAUCGGGAGGAGGAGGAGGGGCAGUCAGCAGGCAGGAAGAAGAGACAGAAGCGCGCGGUGGUGCCGACGAGCAAGCCCACGCCCAGCCUCCUACCGGCGGAGUUCCUGACGGAUCCGUCUAGCGAGGACGAGGAGGACGGCAGCUACGGCUCAGACGACGGCUCUCGCCCGAAGCGCAGGAAGCUGCGGGUGGGCACGGUCGAACGCCAGCUCAAGCGUCUCGACCGUCCGGUCCGCGAUCAGAGGGUCGGAUCGACGGUCUACAGCGUGGCAAGGAAGUCCGAUGACAGACUGGCUCCCAAGUUGAGAAAGUUUGCGCAGAGUGGCAAGAAUGUCCUCCUCAAGAGGAACAGGACAGCU